AUGAACUCCGGCCUCACGGUGGAAGUCACCAAUCUGUCACCUAAUGCGACUGAGAAGGAUGUCUACGACUUCUUUUCUUUCUCAGGCCAAAUCGAGCACAUUGAGAUAAUGAGGUAAACCUGCCUGUUUUAUUUCUCAUUGCGAUUAUAAAUGCAACUAUUUCUUUGAAGAGGGGUUGACCGAUUGGAUCAUCCCUGUUCUUCAAGGUAUCAGGCUCAGUCCCUCUCGUGGGUGUCUUACAAGAAUCAACUUCGCUUUGAUGUCAACAAUAAAGGCCGAAAACAACUAUAUAUAUAUAUUUAUUUAUUUUUCUUCUUAGGCUGUGAUCUAGACCUUGGUUCCUAAGAAUGAAAAGAAUCGUGUUUUUUUCGUAUGAAAACUUGCUCUAAAUCUUCGUAUGAUGUUUGUUGAGAGAUGGGUAUAAAUAUUCGAUUGAGAUGUUAAAAAAUGGCUGUGAUUUGAUUUGUUAGUUUAUGUCGAGAAAUGGGUACGACUGGAUGAUUUGAUCUCACCCGAUUCAUUCUCUUGAACUCAAUCUUUCCGAGCAGGUCUGGGGACUACUCCUCCACCGCAUAUGUGACCUUCAAAGAAGCUCAUGCCCUGGAGACCGCCUGUUUGCUCAGCGUACGCUCCGAGCUAUGUUCAUUGCUAGAUAUUCGUCCUAUCUAUUUAUUUUUUUUCUUUUAUUUUCCAACCCCCUCUUUAAUAGAUAUUGAUGGUUGUUCUAUCUAAUCUUCUAUGAAUAUGCAUGCCCAAUGCUUUGAGGGUUCGUGCCCUCUGAGAUAGGAUCAUUCUACACGGAUUGGAUUAGCGUGCUAGAUCAAGGGAAGCUCCAAAGAGAGGGAUAAUGCAUGGAAUUUGUUCAUUUUUUCAAUUAAAUUGUAUAUGGUUGAUGUCUAUUAAAGUCCCCAUCUCCCCUCUUUCUUUCUUUUUGGCUUACCUUCUCUCUCUCUCUCUCUCUCUCUCUCUCUCUCUAAGAGAAACAGCAUUUGAUCCAAUAUUUGUCAACUUUCUGAUAAGGGUGGGUUUUAUUGUUUAUUAUUAUUAAUAUUAAUUAUUGUCUGUGUGUGAAGGUUGCGGGUGUUUCUUCUAAUGAAUGACUGAGUGAAUCAUCAUCGUCUUUGCUGGAUCAGGGGGCCACCAUAGCUGACCAGCGCGUCUACAUCAGCCGGUGGGGCAAUUACGAGGACCAGUCGUAUGCUCUUUGGGCCGGGGCAUCCUGGAACAACCACGACGACGCCGAACACUCGGUAUAUGCAUCCAUCCAUCCAUCCAUCCAUGCAAAGACGAUGGUGGAGAGAGAGAGAGGUUGAUGAAGGGAAGGCUGUGUGGAUUGCAGGGGGUUGAAGGGGGGCUGCUGCAGGCCAUCAGCCCGGGAGAAGCGGUGACGAUGGCGCAGGACAUGGUGAAGGCGAUGCUGUCGAAGGGCUUCGUGCUCAGCCGGGAUGCCCUGGCGAAGGCGAGGGACUUGGACGAGUCCCACCGGGUGUCGGCCACGGCGGCGGCGAAGAUUGCGGAGCUAGGCGAGAGAAUCGGGCUCGUGGGGAAGAUCGCCGCCGGCCUGGAAGCCGUGCGGGCGGUGGACGGGCAGUACCACGUCUCCGAGUCGACCAUGGCCGCUGUCUCCGCCACCGGGAGGACGGCGGCGGCUGCGGCGAACGCCAUCGUCAACAGCAGCUACUUCUCCGCCGGGGCCUUCCUCGUCUCCGACGCCCUCGCCAAGGCCGCCAACGUGGCGGCCAGCUUCGGCGGCGGCGGCGCCCAGCACGGCGAUGAGAGAUGA